AUGUUCGGCGCAGUGAGAAGAUGUCCCGCGACCCUCGCGAGGAAUCUUGCCUCCAUCUCAACCAGGACCCUCCGCACACCCUUCCCUAAUACCUCGAGCGCCUUAAGAAUACCAUUACAGUCAGCGCGCCUCGGAAAUGCCUCGUUCGCUGGUUUCCACAACAGUGCCGCAAAGUGGCAACAGGAGGCCCAGCAGAGCAUUGAGGAAGAUGGUCCCGUCACAGAGUUCCAGGACCUGGCCACACGCGGCCUUGUUCACCCCAACCUAAUCAACACUAUCACGAGGCAAAUGAAGCUCACGACCAUGACGGACGUGCAGUCCAGGACCAUCAACGAGGCGCUGAGCGGGGUUGACAUCAUCGCACAAGCAAAGACCGGUACCGGUAAAACACUCGGUUUCCUCAUCCCUAUCAUCCAACGAAUUAUCGCGAACGACCCCCAGCUCGGCGAGAAGGUCAGAGGAUACAAGCGCGCCCGACCAGACGACAUCCGUGGCAUUGUCAUCUCGCCAACCCGUGAACUGGCAGAGCAAAUUGCUGUCGAGGCUAAGAAAGUAGUCGCUGGCACGGGCAUCAUCGUGCAGGUUGCUGUCGGAGGCACACAGAAGAGGGCUAUGCUUCAAAAGACUCAGCGCGAGGGGUGCCAUCUCAUGAUUGCUACUCCCGGACGACUGAUGGACAUCCUCUCAGACCCUUACUCCGGUAUCAAGGCACCAAAGCUCAGAGCAUUGGUCAUGGACGAGGCGGAUCGUCUCAUGGACGACGGUUUCCAGAAGGAGAUUGAGGAGAUCAAGAACUUCCUUCCCGACCCAGCCGAGGUCGAACGCCAGAACCUCAUGUUCUCCGCUACUAUUCCCCGCGAUGUCGUCAACCUAGUUCGCCAGAUCAUGCGUCCCGGCUUCCACUUCGCCAAGUGCGUCGAUGAGAACGAGGAGCCAACACACCAGCGUAUCCCGCAAAGACUCGUUCACCUGAACGGUUUCGAGAACGUCAUGCCCACACUUUACGAUCUGAUCCUCCAGUCACAACAGAAGGCACAGGCUGGUGAAACCCGACCCUUCAAGGCCAUCGUCUAUUUCAACAGCACUGCUGAGGUAACCCUCGCAGCAUCAGUUUUCUACAAGCUCAACGGCGGCUUCAAGCGCAACACCCCUCUUUCUGGCACCAGAUGCUACGAGAUCCAUGCCAAGCUCACUCAACAGCAACGUUCAAGGGCUGCAGAUGACUUCCGUCUCGCAAAAUCUGGCAUUCUCUUCUCCUCGGAUGUAACAGCCCGUGGAAUGGAUUUCCCUGAAGUCACCCACGUCAUUCAGAUUGGUCUCCCCCGUGAGCGCGACUCCUAUAUCCAUCGUCUCGGUCGUACUGGACGUGCCGGCAAGGAGGGCGAGGGCUGGUUACUCAUCUCACCCUUUGAGAAGCAAGAAGUGCGCCGUCGUCUCCGCGACCUGCCUCUUGUCGACGCCACUGAUAUGCUCGAGACUGCCACCGUUGACAUGAGCGAACCGGCCGAGCUACCUGAGAACGUCGCAAAAAUUCUCUCUGAUACCGUCGAGGCACACAAGAAGGUCUACCCCGACCAACUCGACGCCGCAUUCCGUGGUCUGUUCGGAAGCUACCAGUGGUAUGGUGACAAGCAGGGUCUGCUAGAAGGUGCGAACCGUCUGGCCGAGUUUGGCUGGGGCAUGCCAUCCCCACCCCCACCACCUGCUAGCCUCUUCUCUGGAGGCCGCGGACGUGGCGGCGGUGGCCGUGGAGGCUUUGGUGGAGGACGUGGCGGCGGCGGUGGCUUUGGUGGCCGAAGCGGAGGCUUUGGCGGUGACCGCGCCGGCCGCAGUGGAGGUUUCGGAGGUGAUCGUGAAGGCCGCAGCGGAGGCUUUGGAGGCGACAGAGGUGGUCGACCUGGAGGAUUUGGUGGUGACCGUGAAGGCCGGAGCGGAGGCUUCGGUGGUGACAGGAGAGGAGGCGGCGGCGACCGCAGAGGAGGAGGUGGUGGUGGCUUUGGCGGCGACAGGAGAGGAGGCGGCGGCUUCGGUGGUGGUGACAGGCGUGGAGGCGGCGGUGGCUUCGGUGGUGACCGACCAAGGAGAGAGGCCCGCGAGUUCUAA